AGACCGGAUGCACAUGCAGCAUUCACAUGCGAUGUAUCAAAGCGAGCUCAGGUAGAAAAACUCAAAGAGUACUCGCGGGAACGAUGGAUACGCGCGCCCAACGUGAUCGUCAAUUGUGCCGGAAUAACCCGUGAUUCGAUUCUCCUGAACAUGACCGAAGAGCAGUUUGAUGAGGUGAUCGGCGUGAAUCUCAAAGGCGUAUAUCUGGUCACAAAAGCACUAACAGAACUGGCCCUUGCUGAUGAAGUUUCACAAUCAAUCAUCAACAUCUCUUCGAUUGUUGGCAAAUCUGGUCAUUCCGGUCAAGCCAAUUAUGCUGCAACAAAGGUUUUUUUUCUUUUCAUUUAUCCACCUACAGAGCAGAACUUGCUUAGACUGAGAGAAAAGCACCUGGGAAACAAGUUACUACAAUCUACAGCAUUAUGUAUUAUUAUUAUUAUUAUUAUUAUUAUUAUUAUUAAUAUAUUGCAAAGAUAG